AUGCAGUUGCUGCUGCUGCAGCUGCCAUAUAGGUUUAGUUGCUUUCUUGCCCUGCUUGUCGUGUUGUUUGCUCGUGCUGCCACCUGCGUCGCCGCAUGCACCAUCCCCGUCGCCGUGGAUUCGACGAGUUCACGACCCAACAAACCAACCAACGAACCACCCCGCCGGCCAGGAGAGGAUAAACACCGUCUCCAUCCGUUCCGCUGCGGCUGCGGACUUCACGCAUCGACAAGUCCGGCACAGGCGCGCGACGGGAUCGGAUCCUCUGCGCCGCCCACGCCAGCGCCACAGGCGCGCCUCGCGUCGCGAGCGGACGCGUGUCCCUCCGCGAAGCCGUGUGCCUUCGGGGCCGCGUCGCCCACCGUCUUUCCUGGAGCGGCCGCCUCACCCGAUCCUCCCGCCAGCCUCCUCCCGCGCCCCGCUGGGUGCACCGGCUCCUCGGUCCACGGGUCGCUGGGGUGCGGGCCCGCGCUGCCUACUGUAAAAAUGUUUCACCGGCUUUCCCUCCUAAACGUCCGAAAGCAAGCAUCAGCAUCAGCAGCAGCAGCAGCGUCGGCAGCAGCGUCGAGAGGAAGGACAGCCAGGUCGGGGGAGCGCCGGCCGUUUCGCCGGAGACGGAAGAGCUCGAGCUCGAGCUCCUGCCCCUCCCUCCCGGCAGUAGGGAGCAAGCAGGAAAUGGACGCAGCGAGUACCUCCAAGAGAGGUCGUCGUCCUCCUAACAAGCCACAGAAGCUCAAGUUCAAACCCAAAGUGCCAUCACGCAAGCCAAAAAAGCCAACCGCACAAAAGCCACAGCCGGAAGAGACAAAACCAAUUGAUGAAGAGGUGAUGAAGACACUGAGGACAGGACGAGGAGAUGCAAAAACUUCACGAGCCAUGAAAGACGAGCAAUCAGCUCAGAAUUCCAAACCGACCCUUUCUCCUGCAGACGGAAUUAGCUUCCAAGCGGCGCAGUCAGGAAAGCAGAAGCAACCAACAAAUUCUCAGAAGGCACUUCAAAUCCCUAAAGCCUACCCUGCCAACCCAGAAAGGUUCUACCGUGAUGAAGAUGAUGACGACGACGAUGAAGACGAUAAUAAUGCUGUUCGUGGAGAUGAUAAUGAUGCUGAAUUACAGCAGACUCUCCCAAGCUCAACCGAAUGUGAAUCUUCCAUCCAUCCAGCAAAAGAGCUCAAUCUGCUUGAACACGACGACAAAACAAGGAUGUUCUUAUUCCAGCUGCCGAAAUCCCUUCCUCUGCUCAGAACACCAUCCAUUGUAGUUCAUAGGAAUGGAAAGGCCAUUGUCAAGGAGGUGAAAGAAGGGUACAACCUGAAUGAUCUUCCAGGGGGGUACAUGGGCAAGAUGCUGGUGUACAAGAGCGGCAAGGUCAAGAUGAAGCUGGGAGAUGCCAUGUUCGACGUGAGCCCGGGCACGGAAUCUGGAAUGCUGCAGCAUGCGGUAGUGAUGAACACUAGAAGGAAACAUUGCUGCCAGCUUGGGGAGAUCGAGAAGCAGCAUGUCGUCGUGACCCCGGAUGUCGACUCUCUGCUGAGCGACAACAGGGGGUAGUUGUGAUAUGAGAACUGAUCAGGCUGUGUAGCUUUUGGCAAAUAUGGUGUGCAUAUGCUAGAAUAUUUCGUACGACGUUUUAACUGCAUGAUACUCCCUCCUAGUGAAACCUCUAAAAGGACUUGUAUUUAGGAACGGAGGGAGUACGAUGUAAAUGUGUAGCUGUAGCUGUGGUAGCACCUGUGUAGCAGUAAUCUAGAAGUAGUCUAGAAAUGCUGCUUGCCGCUGAUGAGUGUUUUAUCUUGAAUACUUCUGUAUCUUUAUCUUACUCCUUAGAGUAGGGAGGAACAUGACUGAAUCUUUGUAUCGUUUGAAUCCCAUUUUACCAUUGUACAUAUGCAUAUGUAAAGAUGAAUUUCUUU